AUGAAAUAAAUAUUGAAUUUUUAAAAUUCAAGAUCAUUUGAAGAGAGAAAAAAUGAAACUGAUAAUUGUAAAUAACUUUAUCCAAAUGAUGUAUUGGUAGUUGUUGAAUAAUCUAAUAAAAGUAAAUUGCCAUAAAAAAACUUUAUAAAGUAAUCUCUAAAUUUUUAAAUAGAUUCAAAAUGUCAAACAAUUUAGCAAUUAUGUGUGUACUACAAUAUAUUAAAACUAAAAUACAAAUUUCAUAAUAUGAUUCAAUAAACCUAUAUUGUGGCAAAACUUAAUUGAGAGUAGGUAUAAAAGAAUAAUAACUUUAAAGAUUAAACUUUAAAAGAAUUACAUCAAUAAUUUAAGGACUUAGAUGGUUUUCUUUAUAUCAAUUAUAUGGAAAUGAAUUCAUUCGGUAAAUAAUACCAAAAUUGA